GGAUCACCGUGACUGAUUUGGCAAUUUGGCAAUUUACUAUACCGUACACUCACAGACUGGGAUUAAGGACGAUUUCUAAACAAUUUAAGAAUGUGUGACAGACCAGAGAUUCGGGUCGGCCAAACAGAGGUAAAAUCUUUUCAGGGAUUUGGUAAAAGACAAUCUUCUUACACAAAGAUAAGUGCACCUCCAGGAGGUCACACCCAACUCAACUUGUUCGGGGGUCCCCCAGAACCAGCUCCAGUUAGAAAAGAAACCGUCAACCAGUGCCAAUACGAGAGAAACAAGUCCUCUAUCACUGACCAAUACACAGGUCAGGAAGCACCAGAGGACGAUCUGAAGAGCCCCGUUAUUGAGCAUCCCCUUCCUCCUCCUAAGAAACCUGCAACCAAGAUCAUGCAACCUCCUGGAGGACGAACCUCCCUCUCUCUGUUCGGGUAGAAGGACUAAAAAUUUUAAAAACUCCGAUUUGAGACUUUGAUUCCGAGGAUUUUGAGUUUUCAGGAUUAGGGAAUAAACUGACUGUGUAAAUUUCGAUUGAAAUAUUAAAUAAGUACGGUGAUUCAAGUUUGUACUUUGUGGACGACAAAAUUGCUAGUUAAAAUAAUUUUUCUUGAGAUAACCAUAAUUGAAAUGUUUAUUAUCAAACCGUGUUGCAAAAUGUAAAAUUAUAAUAGUAAUAAUUGAUGUUUUUUUGAAAUUUGAUUUAUGAAUAUUUUGAAUAACUA